AUGCAAAGAGGAACUGAAACCUGUUUUCCAGAAAAGAAAAAAAUUAGAAAAACAGAUAGCUUGUCAAUCGUUUGGUACACAGAAGAACUUAAGCAGAUGAGCCAAACAUUAAAUUUUCUGUAUGACUUAUUUAAGCUGCGAAACACUCCUAACAUCAUAAACACUUUCAAACAGGAACGUAAAAAAUUUCGCCAGGAACUGGCUGCAGCAAAGAAAAGAGCAAAUAACACUUUCAUUACAAAUGUCUCAAAUCCUCAAAACGCAAUAUGGAGCCUUGUUAAUAACUCAAAAUCAAAACAGAAAAAACUGGACACUAAUCUAACUCUGGAUGAUUUUAACAACUUUUUUUGGAAAUGUUGCUCAAAAUGUAAAGAAUAG